AUGACUUCUGCCGCGCGUAAUAAUUUUCCACUUCUACUUCUGGGGUCUUUGAGUUCAAAAGGGACUGCUUGGAGUAUCAUCCUACGUUUGCCAAAUCCUGGGAAGUUUUCUGGAAGUUCAUUCACUCUUAAGUUUUCGAUCUCUCUAACCCUCACGCAACUCGGAACUACUGGCAGGGGAUUAAGGGAUAUGACAUUUCUCCUGAUGCCUCGUGCAAAUUCUAUCUCUUAUGGACAACUGGCAGCAUGCUGUUCGUCUCUCGUUACGAUUAUUGAAAUUGAGCGCAGGCGGGAUCCGGGACCUCAUCGUGAGCUAAGUGUCACGUACCUGCCUAUCUGGAAAACUCGUGGUUUCGAUUUGCAAGGACUGAUAGACCCGCGGCUGAACAAGACCCUGAAGUUUGCAUUUACGAAUACUGAUUGUGAGUAUUUUAUCGAAGCAGUCGAAACGGUAAUGUUGCAUAUUAGCAUCAGGCAGACAGCUGAUUCGAUAGCAAAUGACCUGAAUGAUGGUCAUUCAACAUGGCAGAUCGAGGUGUUCCUUCCAGAUCCUAAUGCGCCAGAGGUGGCCAAACCAGAAGCAAAGCUUGCUCAGUGACGACGCUCACCCGAACACUGAUAGCUCAUACGUGAGAUUGGCAUGAUAAUCCACCGGAGUUCGCAAUCUUUUCGGUUCCUGUGCAACGACACUAUUAGACCAGACUUCUCGACGCAUUGUCAAAUGAACUUCUGUGCUUCGGAAUUAAGCUGAUUUGGAGAAGCUUCCCUGCUGUCCCCUUUAUCUCUGCCGCACCACAGAGCCACUACUGUUGACUUGCCGUAUGGUGCAGCAGAAGUGAGCGGUCCGCGAUUUUUCGCUCCCGUUCUGACCAUACUAAUAGCUACAUCAUUGCCUGCCUCUAUUGUCUGAUAAGGAGAGAUCAUUUGCAAACUCAGAGCUCAUGUUUUUUCGCACAUCC